AUGGGAGUUUUUACAAUCUAUGGUUUCAGUAAACUUGAAACACGGUGUCUCUGCUCCGUGAACCCACAAAAUGUCACAGGCACCAUGGAAUUCCUCCUCCUGGGGCUCUCAGAUGAUCCCCAAGUCCAGCCACUCCUUUUUGGCCUCUUCCUGUCCAUGUACCUGGUCAGCAUCACGGGGAACCUGCCCAUCAUCCUGGCCGUCAGUUUUGACCCCCGUCUGCACACACCCAUGUACUUUUUCCUCUCCAUCCUGUCCACGGCUGACAUUGGUUUUAUCUCCUCCACGGUGCCAAAGAUGAUUUGGGACAUUCACACUCAGAGUAGAACCAUCUCCCCUGCAGGCUGCCAAGUACAGAUGUCUAUUUUUAUUCUUUUCGGCUGUAUGGACAGUUUGCUUCUCACAGCGAUGGCGUAUGAUCGCUUUGUGGCUAUUUGUCACCCCCUGCACUACUCUGUCAUCAUGAACCCCCGUCUCUGUCGUUUGCUAGCUCUGGCGUCUGUUUGCAUCAGUCUGUUGGACUCUCAGUUACACAGCUUGAUGGUGUCACAGCUCACCUUUUGCGCCCAUGUGGAGAUUCCUCUCUUCUUCUGUGACCUCCUUCAACUCCUCAGCCUUGCCUGUGGAGAUACAUCCACCCACAACCUACUCAUGUAUUUUAUCACUGCAAUCUUUGGUGGUGUACCAGCCUCCGCAAUUUUUUACUCUUACACAAGAAUUGUGUCCUCUGUUUUGAAGGUCUCAUCCACAGGAGGAAGGUCCAGAGCCUUCUUCACCUGUGGCUCUCACUUGUCUGUUGUUUGCUUAUUUUACGGAACAGGCAUUGGGGUGUACCUCAGCUCAAUAAUCUCCCAUUCACCCGGUAAAGGUGCAGUGACCUCAGUGAUGUACACAACUGUCGUCCCCAUGCUCAAUCCCUUCAUCUCAACUGUCGUCCCCAUGCUCAAUCCCUUCAUCUACAGCCUGAGAAACAAGGACAUCAAGCAGGCCUUCCAGAAGCUUCUCAAUAAAGCAGUCUAA